UUUUUUUCCCCCCUCAUUUCAGAGCAAUGACAUCAAUUUUACCAGCUGCAUGAUGUCAUAAAGACAAAGCCACUUUAACCCAGGCUCAAGAUGCAAUGGAGUGGAACGAUGUGAAGAAGUUGGACCCGGCGACCCUCCAUGAAUGUUACAAGGAUGAACUGGACAGUGUCAUCAACCUUCUCACGUCGCCAAAAAAGUGGGAGGUGGAGCACCCAGCUCAGGAGGAUGUUAUACACAUACUGCGAGUGUUUCAAUCCCUGCUCAAGAUGAAACAUCAGGAAGCGACUUUGGCCGAGCAGUUAGUUGAAGAACAAGAGAAAAAUGAAAACGCGCUUAUCGCCAAAGUGUCCAGAUUAGAAGAAGAACUAACGUACGCCGGCAGCGGCCCAGAGAACGGCUUUCUGAGGAACGAGAUGCGGCAGCUGAAGGCCCAGCUGGUGUGCAAGGAGGAGAUGGUCAACCAGCUGAAGAAGGAAGUCAAAAGAGAGAAGAAGACGACGGAGAAGCUAUUGUUGCGUGCGGAAGGUGCAGAAGACGAUGUGAAGAUGUUGAGAAGAGAGAACACGCAGCUCCGGCAGGAUGUGGACUUUUAUCACAGAGAGUUGGAGCUUAAAGAGUCAGACGUGUCCAACGAGGAUAAGGCUGAGACUCAGAGAAAGCUCAUCUCGGCCACCCGCCAGCUCUCCCAGUGCCUGGACGACCUUCAGCAAACAGAGGACGAAAUCUCGCGGCUGAAAGCGGACAACCUCCGCAUGCAGGAGUGCGUGUUGGUGUCGACCAAGGAGAUGGAGAAGAUGAGCGACGAGUACAACCAGAUCAAGAUGGCCGUCCACCACUGCGACUCUGAGACGGACCAGCUGAGGAAAGGGAGAGAUCGUGCCGAGCAGCAGGUCAGAGAACUGACGCAGAAGAUGACCGAAAUGACGGAAGAGGACGACCCCAUCAUGGCAGAAGUGGAUGCUAAAGUUGAUGAAUGGAAGAAAGUCUUGUCUGAAAAGGAUGAGGAGAUUUUGGUCUACCAGGAGAUCAUCCGUGACCUUCAGCAGAAGUUGCGUUUAGCCCAGUUGGACAUGGACAGAAACAACAAUCUUGCCUUGGAGCAGGCUGUAGAGGAACGAGACAGACGGAUCGAGAGCCUGAGAGAGCAAGUGGAGCAGUAUACAGAGGAAAUGAAGACGCAGACACUACUCAUGGAAAGUCUGAAGAUACCCAAAAAGGGACGCGAAGGUGUCUUCCUGGACGCUCAAGAACUGGUCCAGCAGAGAAAGACGGAGGAGCUCGCGUCCAAGUGGGACGCUGCCGAGAUGAGAGCAGAAGAAGCGGAGGAGGCUUUGAAACGAGCCGAAGCUCACGCCGAGGAAAAAGACCGAGAGCUCAUAGAGGUCUCCAAGCGCCUGAAAGAUUUUGAGCGUGGGAUUUACGGCCUGGAAGAAGCCGUCGGCGAGAUCAAGGAGUGUCAAAUCCAAAUCCGAAGGAGAGAGUUGCAGUUGGAGGCCGUGACCAAAGAGAACAACCAAGCGUACAUAACAAUCGAGCGGCUCUCGGAAGAAAACGAAGACUUCCGAGAAAGACUGGGCUACCAACCCAGCCAGCAAGUUGACCUGAGCGAGUUCAGGAGAGCCAAAGGCAUUCAACGGUGGCAGUACAAAGCUGAAAAUCAAGUCCUCACCAAGGAGAUUGAACGUCUCGAGGAGGAACGGCUGGAGAUGAAGAAACAAGUCCGACAACUCGCCAAGCAGAAAGGGCUGCCGCUGUCCACGUCGGAGGAGGACAUUGUUAUACGCCGUGUAAAAUGGCCACCAAAUCCUUCUCGGAUCAGCUUGCCACCAAUUCCUGCCGAAACCAUCUCACCGCCGACUCCUGACGGAAACAGCGAGGCGCGCUCGCACGAAGAGCCCCCAGCCAAGGUUGAACUUGGUGAAGAAGCGGUGACGAUAUCCAAGAGGGAGGCGGGACUUAACAAGUCCCAGUUCCAGUUUAAACUGGAGCAGCUCUCCGAGGAGAAAGGAGACGUGGAGGCCGCGCUUAAAGACGUCCUCCGGGCCUUGAAGGCCAAAGACGACGCAAACAUCCCCAGUCUGAAAAGACUCGCCAAUCACAACCUGAAGGUCUAUGCCACUGAAAUGGUGGCCAGCCUCCAAGAGGAACACACAAAGAUCCUCCAGGAGAAAAUGAAGGCUGAGCAGGAGAGCAAGAGGACCAGGAGGAAGGUGGACAAUCAGGAGCAGAGGCUUCGAGAGUUGACGGAAACCUGCAGAUGUUUGGAGGAGAGACUCAAGGAGAAGUCCAGCCACGAGACGGACGGCCAGGCUGCCCUAAAGCUGGCGCACAAGAGCGUGAAAGAUCUCCAAAGUCGGCUCAACAAUAAAGAAGAUGUGAUCAAAAAGUACCAGAAGCAGCUGACUCAAGUGGGGAAGGAUCAAGAAGAGUUGAUAAAGGCACACGCCGAGGAGAUGAAGAUGUUGUAUCAGAAGUUGGACGCCACCAACAACAUGGCCCUGGAUCGUUUCAAACGGCAAGCAGCGGAAGCGAUGAAGAACCCCGGCAUCGGCACCUCGACGGCCAAACAUCUGGAUCGGGUGGGCGAGUUGGAGCAUAUGGUGGCCGAGCAAGACGCCCUGCUCGCUUCUGUUCACAGGAAGCUGAAGAUGGCCACCGCUGAGUCGGAGCGACACAGGGCCGCCACGGAAACACAAGCCAAGAAACACGCCGACGAGAUAUCCAGGCUGAAGAGGUCACACGCGGCAGAGUUGGAAGACGUGAUCUUUGAGACCAAAGACCAGACGAGCCAAAUAGCAAUUUUGAAAAAGGAAAACGACUCCCUCCAGAACGAGCUGGAGACACAAAAGGAGGCCAAUGUCAAGUCACCGAGCAACAUCCUGAAGAACACGGCUGAACGCCUCAAGCUGCAACUGGUCCACAAAGAGAAACAGAUCAAGGCUCUCAGCCGCGUUCUGAUCGGAAUGCGGGCCCAGAUGACGACCGCCGCAGAACAACAAGUCUUGGCGAACGCCGCACAGACCCAGGAGAAACUCAACAUUCAGAAGUUGCUGGACAAGCACACCAAAGACCUGAAGGAUCGCGUGCAGGAGCUGAGCGAGCAACUGGAAGCGGCAAACGAUUCGUGCAGGAAGAACGACAACAAACUGAGGGCUCAGGUGGACAACUUGAACAAGAGGCUGCAGAAGGGCCUCAUCGCUCAGAAAGCGCUUCGCACUCAACUGGAGGAGAAGGAACAAGAGUUGCAGGAGCUGGAGAAGCAACUCAAGACCCGCGUUGACCCCGCGCAGAGCAAAGAAAAAGUAGUGCAGUGGGAAGAGGCGAAGAAAUGGCGGUCCAGGUUGGACAAGGUCAAGCAACUUCUGAAGGACAAGGAACACGAGAACUUAUUCCUGUCAAGGCAGCUCAUGUCGAUCAAAGAUCUCUAUGCCAAGCUGGAGCAAGAGAAAAACAUAACGCAGAAGAAGAACAAGGCGAGCGGAGUGACAGCUGAUCAAAUAGUGGAGAAGGAGACUCAGUUGAUUUCCACCAAUCUCGGCGCAUUUGGAUCAUCACGUCCGCAUCAGGCGGCAAAGAAAGACGCCUUGACGCCCUGGCAAAGUGAUGCUGACUUCCAGAAAGAGAACCUCAAGCUGGCCUCGGAGAAUCUGGAGCUGCGCCUCCAGCUCGCGCAAGCCAACAUCGACCUGCCGAGAUUCAAGCGUAAAGUUGGAGACCUGGAGGAAAUGUGCGGUGUGCUGAAGAAUGACAAUGCUGAACGUCUUUGUCAUACACGUGAAGCAGAUACGUUUAUCUCUGGUGACAACGUGGGGGCAGAAACAGAUCUCAACAAGGAAGUCAAAGAGCUGAGGAAAGACAAGAUGGAGUCGGACCAAAAGCCAGACAUUGAUCUAAAUAAAGAAAUCCCUGACAGAGGAGCCAAGUCCCAAGCCGGCAGCUGAAACUGAGAAAAGCAACUUUGAAAGUGACACAAGGCAUUUCAUUCUUCUGUAAUACUUACUAUGUCCCAUUCAAAGUAUUUUGCAUUCCCAUGAUAGCAGAGGGAAAAUGGAAUGCUUCUUUUUUUUUUGAGUAUUUAUGCA